UGCUGUGAUGUGCUGCAGGAGCACACGCAGCACCGCAUUCCCACUUGCACACUCAUUCCUAGUCCGACGUGUGUGGAACUUCUCUUAAAAGACAUCUCCUGCAAGAUCGUGGACUAAAAUCUUUUUUUUUCUCUCCGGUUUUCUCCUCCUCCUCCUCCUCCUCCUCCUCCUCCUCCUCCUCUGGUUUCCUGUUACAAAGCCUUGGGAGGGAGUUGCGCUCAGCCAGUUCCUCCGUGCGUGGAGAAACUAAAUGACAGGAUCAUAAGCUUUUCUGCACAAUUUUCUAACGGAGGAGGAAAAAGAGAAGAGGAGCGACGUUGACGGUGAUGUGGAUUGAUUUAUAACUUUCCAAAAAAUCGCUGAUUAACGGAGAAGAAGAGGGGGGAGGAUAUUGGCUCCAUCGGUGGAGGAAAGCGCACAGCAUCGUAGUGAUAAUCCCAAUAAUAAUCAUCAUCAUAAGGCCGAUGUGACCUUGGUGUGAAUUGAGUCUCCCUGCUCGACGUGUACAGAGAAAGCUCACAGAGGCACUGGGGAGGAGAAAAAAAACAAGUCGCCAGAACCCUUCUGUUCUCCUCAUUCCUUUUUCAUCAUCUGAGUGAGAUCUCAAGCCAUCAAUCGCGACAUUUUCUUCCGAAUGGGAGUUUACGUCGGAGCAAUGGGUGGGGUGAAGGUCUUGCUCCUGGUGUUCCUAUUUGGAUUAGAAAUUUCACUGGCUCUCAACUGGAACCCAAUCCCACGCAAGACCGUGCGAUAUCAGGAUGCGUUGGACAGCAUGGCCAGGUUCAGCAUCCAGGGAGUAUUCAACUACAGCAUGCUGACUUUGUCGGAGCACGAGAGAGUUUUGUACAUCGGCGCACGCGAGGCACUGUUUGCCUUGGAUCCCAAUGACAUUAGCAGACAGCUCAGGCCACAGAUUGACUGGCAAGCGCCAAUGGAUAAGAAGCGGGAGUGUUUCAUCAAAGGGAAAAGCAACCAGACUGAGUGCUUCAACUACAUCCGCUUCCUACAGAGCUACAACCACACACACCUCUACACGUGUGGCACCUAUGCAUUUCAACCCAAAUGCACCUAUGUGAAUGCAGAUUAUUUCACUCUCAGCCCCACUAGCCUGGAAGAUGGGAAGGGCAAAUGUCCAUAUGACCCUGCCAAGGGCCACACAGGCCUAAUAGUUGACAAGGAGCUCUACUCAGCCACGCUCAACAACUUCUUGGGAACGGAGCCAGUCAUACAAAGAAACCUGGGCCAGCAGCACUAUAGCAUGAAGACGGAAUACUUGCCUGCCUGGCUCAACGAACCAGACUUUGUGGGUUCAGCCUUGGUUCGAGAAAGCAGCGGCAGUAAAGAAGGAGACGACGACAAAAUCUACUUCUUCUUCAGCGAGCGAGCGUUGGAGCUGGACUGUGACACCGAGGUCACUGUGGCGAGAGUGGCGCGCGUCUGCAAGGGUGACCUCGGCGGUACCCGGACACUGCAGAAAAAAUGGACCACCUUCCAAAAAGCCCGUCUGGACUGCUCCCUCCCAGAACGUCACGUCUCCUUCAACAACCUCCGAGCUGUCUUUACACUGCCAGGACAGGACUGGAGGGGUACCACUUUUUUCGGCAUCUUCCAUGCUCAAUGGGGUGACGUGGAUGUGUCUGCAGUGUGUCAGUACCAGAUCAGUGAUGUGAAGAAGGUGUUUGAAGGGUCCUACAAGGAAUACAGAGAGUCAUCCCAGAGGUGGGGGCGCUACACUGGACCCGUCCCGAACCCACGGCCUGGAUCGUGUGUAACAAACUCAGACAGGGAGAGUGGCUACAACAGCUCUCUGCAGUUACCUGAUGCAACACUCAACUUUGCCAAGAAGCACCCACUGAUGGAGGACAAAGCACUGGCUCGCCCUCUACUUCUCACCAAGGGUGUCAACUUCACAAGGCUGGUGGUGGAUCGGGUUACUGGUCUGGACCAAAGAGCAUACAACGUUCUCUUCAUCGGGACAGCUCAGGGCUGGAUGCAGAGGGUGGUGAUCCUGGGCUCUGAAGCCCAUGUGAUAGAAGAAAUCCAGCUGUUUGAAACAGCCCAGCCCAUAGACAGCCUGACCAUUUCCCACUCCAAGAAGUACGUGUACAUCGGCUCUAGAUCAGAGGUUCUCCAGUUGCCCUUAGCCAACUGCAGCCGCUAUCAGUCUCAGCCAGACUGUCUACUAGCCCGAGACCCCUACUGCGCUUGGGACAGUGAGGGCCGAGCCUGUGUACGCAUCGACCUCCACCGAGGGUCCACGUCCUCUCUGUCACAAGACCUCAUGCUGGAAAGGUUCAGCCGGGGAAAAGCCAAGUUUGAUAAGCCGGUCUCCAUCCCGAGCCCUGAGCACUCUCGCCUUCGAAACGUCACAGUGGUGGUGGGUUCGGACAUGGUGCUGCCCUGCCAGUUGAUCUCCAACCUUGCUCAGCCCUUCUGGGUUGUCAAUGACCGUGAGCUCCUUCUGGGCGACCCCGAGGCUGGAGGGCCACGCUUCGACCAGACCCUGAAAGCCCUUGUCGUCCCCGAAGCUGGUCAGAUCCAAGCGGGGCGUUACAUCUGCUAUUCCGAGGAGCAGGGUGUGAAGUUUCAAACAGAGCGCUACCAAGUGGCUGUAGUUGCGAGUGCUCCUGUCUUCAUGGAAGCCCGGGCUCCUGACAGCCGUAUGGGGCUCUUCUGGGUGCUGGUCAUCACCCUUGGCGCGGCGUGUCUGCUGCUCAUGGUGGCAGCGCUGUACCUACGCAGGAGACUGAAACUGGCUCUUGGAAAGGGAGCUGACAUGAAGCCUCUUGAAAGUACCCUGGUCUAUCCCAUCACCCUACCUAAGGAGCCGCCCACUUUUGUGCCCAGCAAAAUGCCCAGCGACGAGGACCGUUUCUGGGAGACGGGGGCCAAUUAUUACUACUCAGACGGCUCACUUAAAAUUGUUCCCGGUCACGCCGUCGGGCCCAACAGUGUCGGCAGCACGGCGUCACCCAGUGCCAUUCCGGGCCAGCCCAUCCACUCCCCCAGCCGUCUCAGUCUCACCAACAUCCGGGGCUCUGGUAGCAACGGCUACAUCCGCCUGAACCUGAGCACAGCAGGGGAGGAGAGGGCUAGCGGGGCUUGCGCUGGUGGCGGCGGGCUGGGCGGCCUCGGCAUGGGUGGGAACGACUACUCAAGCCCCUUCAAAGAGGAGCUGAGGCGCACCCUGCAGCAGAGGAGCGUGCUGCCUGAUGCAAAUCCAGAGGAGUCGUCCGUCUAGGCUUCUCCGUUUCCUUGAGGUGGAAAAAAACAAAACAACCAACCUACCUCCCUCCUUUGGAGGAUGCCUGCUCUCUGUCUUUCAGUGACACGUUGUCACUUCCCCACGCUCUUUCUCUCGCCCUGCCAAUGCCUGUUUGGCUCACUGUAGACUUUUAUAGCAUGUUAAAUAUAGACUCUCACACCCCUUGUUGGCCAACACGCACUCAGAUAAUUAUUGCGUGCCUUGCGCCGCAAAGUCUUGGACUUUUCUCUGCUUCCACUGUGCAAUGGCCAUUUGUCCAAACUGUGAUUGAAUGCACCAUAGGCCUGGUAAUCCAACACAUGGUGGAAGGCUCAUUUCAUUUACGUUGAGCAGACCAAGUGAGCUCGAGACCACAUGACGAAUGGCAAGAACUAAAUCCUGUAUCUUGGAGACUUUUUUCAUAUUUUACUGCACUUAAAACUGGAAGCGUGUCUUCCUUUUUUUGUAUUGGUGAGCCAAGAGAAGAUGCUGAAGCAAGACAACAAUCAUACUUGUGUAGGAGGAGCUCAUGUGUGAAAAAGAAUGAAAGACACAAGUGUCUUUCGGAAUGAAGGCCAUGCUUCAUUUUUCUGCUUUUUAUUCCUCCCUCCCCUGAGAAUCCCAGUUUGUUGUGAUGAUUGGUUUGAAAUUAGACGUUUCUCGAUAUUUUGUUUGGUAUUAUUUGUCGAGGACCACUACAGUGUUCAAGUGGUUGUAAAGUGACUGAAGUUCUUACAUUCCUAGCUGCGUCCUGCACGGUGACCUUCAAAAGCACCUUCAACUGUGCAUGAGAGCCACACUUUUUUUUUUUGCAAAUUUGGUUGAGCUCUUUUGUAUAUUUUCCUCGGAAAAGAAAAGGUUGUUUGCAUUGAGCAAUAAGACAAAGAGGCACGCUUCAUUCUGAAUUGAAGUUGCCGCAAAGACAGCAAAGCAUGGAGAAUGUAGUUGAACCCUCACUGUUGCGACUGCUGUGGAUGUUUCAAAAAGUGCUUUAUGUCUUACGUUCCAUGAACUUGCACCGCAAAGACGGAAACUGCCAUGCUUAAUGCUUUGAAUGUCAACAAUCCUGGACUAAGUUUUGUGACAGGACUUCAGGAGUCCCCGCUCACUGUGUUGCGGAUAUGGCGGUGAAGGAUUUGUGGAAAAAUACGUGAAGGAUUGGGCGGACAGACUGGUGACUCCCAUGCUGACAGGGUGCCGACGGAAAGCCGUUAAAGGUGGUGUUUCACGUCAUGUUAAAUGGAUUGUAUUGGCUGCUUUGUUUGGUCCGUUGACUCAACGUUUCUUGUCUUUUCUCUCUACGUUUUGUCCAAACAGGUUGGUUUUAUUUUUGGGAUGUGUCGGAAUGGACUCCAGAGAGAAACACAAGAAGAAAAUAGAAGAGAAAAUGUGUUAAUAACCCACUGUGGCUUUGAAAAUGUUUUGAGUAUUGUUAAUGAGGUACUCGAGCACUCUAAUGUUGCAUGACCAACAGCAAAUUGGCAGUACAUUUUUCAUCGUCCUUGUACAAAUGCAUCUUUUUGAUUGAGCAUUUUUGGAAUUUUAAAUAUGAGGUUGUACAGGAUUUCAUAUCAUGGCUGUGUUCAAUGUUUACUUUUUGGAUAAGCCAAAAUAGACUGCAGAUGUUUUUAUUUAAUUUUAGAUCUUUUUUUUUUUCUGAUUCCGAUCAAUACUAAAAUCUCAGCUGUCCGUCCACUUUGCAACGUUGAUCGAGCUUUGUGCAUAUUUUAUCUACAGCAAAAAGAAAAAAAAUCCUGCGCGGAAAACACAAAAAGGCGUAAGUAAUGGAGUUCUUGUCUCCUGUUUACAUGUCGGUGAUCUCCUUAAUUUUAUUUCCUCAAUCUUCACGAAAGUUCAUCAAUGUACCAAAACUCUUCAGUGUCAUUUGUUCUAUGAAGCAGUUCAGUGGAAAAAUGUGUGCACUUCAUAGUAUGAACUAUCCCGACAAUGAAGUUAAAACACAUUAUCUUAAUACACUGGUACUUGGUCAUGUCUUUUUGAGUUUUUCUUUCUUUACGAGGCUUUACUUUCUCAGCAUUUUGCAAAAAAAAAAAUUUUUUUUAAGUAAUUAAAGCUGACAAAAGAAAUAUAGGUCCUAUGUUGGGGCAAAAUGCAUGACGUGAUAUAACUUAUGUGCGAUGAUUUGAUGCGUUCACAUUUGUAGGUCACAACCUCCAUCCUUCAAGGCUUUAAAUUGUGCUGUUUUAUCUCGCUUUUUCAUUUGUGUUCACCUUGGUUUUAAUGUGUUAUUGAUCUUUUAUGUUUGUUCUUAAAGUAAUGUUAAGUAACUUAUUUCUUGUACAAACAUGUUGAUAUUUAUUAUCACUGUACAUAGGCCCUUAUUUUUUAUAUGUGUGUAUAUACAUAUAUACACAAAUAAAAAAAGAUCUACU